AUGGGCAACAAUCUGAAAACCGUAGCUGCUUUUGUGCCCUCUAACAAGUGCCAGAAGUACCUCCUAGAAGACCUAGAAGAGAUGCCAGUGGAUAAAAUGGUGGAUCUGAGUGGCAGUCAGCUAAGGCGGCUGCCUCUGCACAUUUGCUCUUUUAGAGAACUGGUUAAGCUGUACCUGAGUGACAACAACUUGAAUCAUCUGCCCCCUGAGCUGGAGCAGCUGCAAAACCUGCAGAUCUUGGCACUGGACUUCAACAACUUCAAAGCACUGCCCUUAGUUGUGUGCAAAUUGAGGCAGCUGUGCAUCCUCUACCUGGGCAACAACAAGCUCUGCAGCCUGCCCCUCGAGCUCCGACUCCUGCAGAACCUCAAGACCCUCUGGAUCGAGUCCAACUGCCUGCAGUACCUGCCCGAGGUGGUGUGUGAGCUCAGCCUGCUSAAGACCCUGCACGCCGGCUCCAACGCCCUGAGUACGCUCCCUCCCCAGCUGCAGCGCCUGCAGGAGCUGCGCACCAUCUGGCUGUCAGGAAACCUGCUGUCCGAGUUCCCUCCCGUGCUCCUGGACAUGCCCUUCCUGGAGGUGAUCGACGUGGAUCGCAACUCCAUCCGCUUCUUCCCCAGCCUAGCUCACCUCCCUGGCCUGAAGCUCGUGAUCUACGACCACAACCCCUGCAGGAAUGCACCCAAAGUGGCCAAAGGGGUGCGCAGGGUGGGGAGAUGGUCGGAGGAGACACCCGAGCCCCGCAAGCGAUCCGGGGCGGUGAUAGAAAUCACGCUGGAUGAGAAACCAUUGCUACCUCCUGCCGCCAAGAUCGAGCCAGAAGCCGAGCCCUGCUGA